UACUCUUCAUCAGCAUGGUUACCUGGUAAUGAAUCAUUGUGGCAGGCCACAACCGUUCCAUCUAACCAGCGAAAUAACCAUAUCAGGAGACAUAGUAUAGCUUCUGACAGUGGUGACACUGGCAUUGGAACUUCCUGUUCUGACAGCGUGGAAGAUCAUUCAACUUCAAGUGGCACAUUAUCUUUUAAGCCUAGUCGAUCAUUGGUUACUCUUCCUACUGCCCAUGUCAUGCCGUCUAACUCCAGUGCUCCAGUUUCCAAACAUAGGGAAUUGUUGCCAUCAGAUGGCUCAAAAUGGAGUAUAAGCCUCAUGCAGACAUUGGGAAACCACAGUAGGGGGGAGCAGGACACUUCAUUAGACAUGAAGGACUUGCGGCCCCUCCGGAAAUGGUCAUCUUUAUCCAAACUCACUGUCACAGAUAACUGCAGCCAGGGUGGCAUCGUGCACACAGAAGAGUCAAGGAGAGGCUCGGAAAAAACAGGGAGAGACAGGGCUUUAACAUCACAAAUUAGGACAGUUGGACCUAGCUGUUUACAUGACAGCAUGGAGAUGCUUAAGCUAGAGGACAAGGAAAUAAAUAAAAAACGACCAUCAACUCUGGACAACAAAUAUAAAUUUGAGAGCUGUAGCAAAGAGGACUUCAGAGCUUCUUCUUCCACUCUUAGGAGACAGGCCUUAGACAUGACAUAUAGUGCCUUACCUGAAAGCAAGCCCAUUAUGACAAGCUCAGAGGCUUUUGAACCUCCGAAAUAUUUAAUGCUUGGUCAACAAGCAGUAGGUGGAGUUCCCAUUCAGCCUUCUGUGAGGACGCAGAUGUGGCUUACUGAACAGUUGCGGACAAACCCUUUGGAAGGUAGAACUACAGAGGACUCUUACAGUUUAGCUCCUUGGCAGCAGCAUCAAAUUGAAGAGUUUCGGCAGGAAAGUGAAACACCAAUGCAGGUUUUGACUGGAUCAUCUUGUCAGAGUUAUUCACCUCCUGGCUAUCAAGAUUUCAGUAAGUGGGAAUCAGUGCUGAAAAUAAAAGAAGGACUGCUAAGGCAGAAAGAAAUUGUAAUUGAUCGGCAGAAGCAACAAAUUACUCACCUGCAUGAAAGAAUAAGGGAUAAUGAAUUACGAGCACAACAUGCAAUGUUAGGACAUUAUGUAAAUUGUGAGGAUUCUUAUGUGGCUAGUUUGCAGCCACAAUAUGAGAACAGUUCCCUCCAGAGUCCAUUUUCAGACCAGUCAGCAUCCCAUGCCCAGCAAGAGGAACUUGAGCAAAAGCUGGCAUCUACUGAGAAAGAGGUUUUACAGCUCAAUCAGUGUCUGAAACAAAGAAUAAGCCAAUUUAGUGAAGAGAAGAAGAAACUGGAGGAAAAGGUAGGUAUUUUUAAUAAAGUUGAAUUAGGUCAAGGGCAUUUCUUCACCAUAUGA